AUGUCGGAUGCUUCUUCAAAAUCAUCCUAUUCAAACGGUGCAGCAUCAACGUCAACUGCUACGAGCAGAACAAGCCAAGUUGCAGCUCAAACUCGACCACAAACCCAUCGCAAGCGGGUGCGCAGCGACUCUGCCGAUUCUCCGCGCGACACACAUCGACCUCGAGAGAAGAACCAGAAGAUGUUCAAGGCUCACGGUUUUGAAGACACCGACACCGACACGGAGAUGGACGCAAUUAUCGAGCCUGCGUCUGCUUCUACGUCGAACUUGGUGACGGAGGGAAAGGAAAAAGGAAAGGAAAGAGAGACAGCAAAGACAUUUGUCAGAGACGAGCGAUAUUACUUUGAAGAUGGAAGUUGUGUGCUGCUCGUGCAGGACACGUUGUUCAAUGUCCAUCGUUCAAUUCUAAGCAACGAUUCAUCUAGCUUUUCGACCAUGUUCUCCCUCCCACAAGGCGGGCAAGAUGUCGAAGGUAGAUCAGAUGCGAACCCCAUAGUACUGAUCGGUGACACUCCAGAAGAGUUUCGACACUUUAUCUGGGCCCUCUACGCGCUACCACACGAGCUCAAAAUUGUCACCUCCCCACACGCGAACCUGCUCCAACUAAUAGAUAUUGCGCGUGUGUCCAACAAAUAUUCAUUCAAGUCUCUCGAGACGUGGGCACUGGAUGCAAUACAAGAGUACGUAAAUCGCAAACCGUCCCCGAUCCUCGGGGGCACCGAACAGGCACUCUCUUUCAACUCCAACUUGGCCACACCCAAUGCCACUGCGAAAUCGCCAGAAGAUCCAGCUGCACAAAAUGAAACAGCCGACCAGCUCACGCGCCUCAUCCGCCUCGCACAGCUGUGCCAGCACGAGCGGCUGCUGAGCACGAUGAUCAACCUCCUGCGCCAGCUCAUGUCCACCUCUGUGCGGUACGCUUACCUCGCCAUGACACUUGCAGAUGAGCUGGACCUGCGCACGCUUCGUGGCGCCGCAUACCUCGAGGUCAUGCAGAAGGCCGUGGUGGUGAAGAAGGUGCGCGUAGAUGUGCUGAAGCCCGCCGCAGACACGGCGAGCCAUAACAACAGCUCGUCAAGUCUUGUCGAUUCCAGUGGGACCCCGCUGCCGCAGGAGGAGGGCUCCAUCGAUGCUUCGGGCAGGCUGAUCGUCACGCGCGCGCAGCAGCUGCGUCUUUUGGCGGGAUACUAUCGCUUGACGUCUGUGUGGGACAAGCUGCGGCGUGAGCCCCUCCCGUUCGAGCAUUCGCAUGCGUGCGGUGCGACCUGGCAUCAGCAGGGGUGCACGCAGUCGUGGCUUGAAUUUUGGAAGGAGAAGACGCGGAGUGAUGGAGUUAUGAAUCUCGGUAUGGCGGAUGUGCUGGGGAGGCUAAAACUUGUACAGAAGGAAUAUGACCGGUGGGGCAGCGCAACAUACAUGCACCACGAUUGCAGGCUGGGUGCGAAGAGGGCGAUUGGGGAUGUUAUCAAGAGGGUGGAAGAGGCGUUGCCGGAUUAUUUUGCGGAGCCAGGGGAAUUUGAAGAUGAUUGA